AUCCGCCAAAUCCAACGAGUGGAGAACCCUCGGCUGUGGAAGGAGUACGCUAUGAAGCGGGCCAGUAUGGCAGAGAUUGGCAGCGGCGGCCGUCGGGUGAAUGUGCAGAGCAUGAAGGAGUGGAUGCGACUGAUGUUGCACCCGCAAGAGGCUGCGAACGAGGUCUUGCUCUUUCACGGGACCCCCCAGCAGAACUGCUCCAUCAUAACAGAGCAGGGCUUCGACGAGCGGGUGAGCAACAGAGCGGGCCACUUUGGGACAGGCAUCUACUUUGCCGAGAACUGCACUAAGAGUCUGAGCUACUGCCGGAGUGAUGACUCGAGGUUCCUGUUCCUCACUCGCGUCCUCCUGGGGGACCCUCACUUCACACAGCAAGCGAAUUCGAGCCUGCGCCGCCCCCCCAACUCUUCCAGCACUACCCUGCACGACUCAGUGAUCGGCACCCCCGGCCGAAGUGCAGCUCACAGGGAGUUUGUUACCUACGAUCGGACGCAAACCUACCCUGAGUUCCUCAUCCAUAUCGUCCCC